UUACCCACAAUGCAGUGGUGAUUUGGUCGUGAGAGAGCAAUGGCGGCGUACAGUGCAGCCGGGUUGCGACAGACAACUUUGAAAAGUUGUUCGAAUGGAAAUACACGAGGGAAGAUGGUUUCCUUUGUUUUAGUCAUCUGUCUGGGACUUUUGAUGAGGACUUGCGAGGCCCAAGAGGACCCUCCAAGAGGCAGAAGCAGUUGUUAUGAUCGCCAGGGUCGGGCUCAGCGCUGUAUGCCUGAGUUUGUGAACGCAGCUUUCGGUCUGCCGGUGGACGCCAGUAAUACGUGCGGAGUUUCUUCCACCAACGAAUAUUGUCUGCAAACUGGAGUGACGGGAGCUACCAAGUCUUGCUAUUAUUGUGACGCCAGACGACCCGGGUAUAACCAUCCACCCGAGUUUAUGACAGAUUUCAACAAUAACUACAACUGGACGUGGUGGCAGUCAGAGACGAUGCUAGAGGAUAUUCAGUACCCUAAAUUUGUCAACCUCACUCUCAGCCUCAAAAAGACAUACGACAUUACCUAUGUGAGGAUACGCUUCCAUUCCCCAAGGCCGGAGAGUUUCGCCAUAUACAAGAGGAAAAGUGAUACCGAUGAAUGGACCCCAUUCCAAUUUUAUAGCGCUUCAUGUGAGAGGACAUACGGAUUACCUCGACGAGGAGUUAUUCAGAUAAACAAUGAAGCCAAGGCAAUCUGUACUGAUGAAUUCAGUGAUAUAUCUCCCCUCACUGGGGGCAGUGUGGCCUUCAGUACUCUGGAAGGGAGGCCCAGUGCUUUUGAAUAUGAAGACAGUCCAGUUUUACAGGACUGGGUGACGGCAUCAGCCAUCAAGAUAGUUCUGACCCGUAUGAACACUUUUGGAGAUGAAGUGUUUGGAGACCCUCAAGUUUUAAAGUCCUAUUUCUAUGCCAUAUCUGAUUUAGCUGUCGGUGCCAGGUGUAAGUGUAACGGCCACGGCAGCGAGUGCAAGGAGGUGACCAGCCAGGGUCUGGAGGAUGAGCUCAUCUGUACGUGCGAGCACAACACACAGGGACCAGACUGUGGGGAGUGCCUGCCCUUCUACAAUGACAUCCCAUGGGCCAGAGCUACUGAAUCAGAUGCACACGAAUGUCUACCCUGUGACUGCAACAACCUGUCCAACAGAUGCCACUUUGACCAGGAGCUGUACCUACGUACAGGCCACGGUGGGCACUGUGAUGACUGCCGCGACAACACUGACGGCGCUCACUGUGAACGAUGUCUGGUCAACCACUACCGCAAAUUACCUGAGAAUAGGUGCAUAGACUGUCAGUGUAACCCCACAGGGUCCGAGUCCCUACAGUGUAAUGAGCAAGGCCAGUGCAGGUGUAAACCGGGAGUAGCAGGCGACAAGUGUGAUCGAUGUGAGGCCAACUUCUUCGACUUCGACGCGUAUGGCUGCAGACCAUGUUCCUGUAACUCAGCUGGCAGCUACAACAACGAACCUCGUUGUGACACUCGCACUGGAGAAUGUACCUGUAAGGAGAACGUGGAGGGACGCACCUGCGACAGCUGCAAACCAGGGUUCUUUGGUUUAAGUGAGGCACAUCCGUUCGGCUGUGUUCCCUGUUUCUGUUACGGCCAUUCCUCCAUCUGCCAGUCAGCACCAGGAUACUAUGCCAGGAACAUCUCCACUGACUUUGAAACUGGCAAACAGCGUUGGACAGCAGUUGACCGUCGCAACCAGGAAGUGGAAACUAACUAUAACGGGUUCACCAAGAACCUUGGUGUGUCGGCUCCAGGAACUGACUCCAUGUAUUUCCAGGCUCCAGUUCGGUAUUUGGGAGACCAGCGUUUCAGCUACAAUAGGUUCUUGACAUUCAACUUGAGAAUCGGGGAUGCGACUGGAGCACGACCUUCCAUCAUCGACGUCGUGCUGGAGGGCGCGGGGCAGAAGGUCUCAGGUCCAAUCUUUGCAGCAGGGAAUCAGAUGCCGGGUCUGGUAGGCAAGAAUUACCGAUUCCGUCUCCACGAACACCCGGACUACCAGUGGACUCCAAGGCUGAAGGCGUCGGAUUUCAUUGCCAUACUGUCCAACCUUACAGCCAUCAAGAUCAGGGGCACAUACACUGCUGAGGGUGUUGGAUUUAUCGACGACAUCAAGUUGGAAACUGCUCGCCGUGGGUUCAAUGCUGGAGACGAGGCGUCGUGGGUGGAGCAGUGCACGUGCCCCGAAGGCUAUGUGGGUCAGUUCUGUGAGUCUUGUGCCCCCGGCUACAAGCGAGAUCCUAUGAAUGGUGGACCCUUUGCAAUGUGCGUGCCCUGUGAAUGUAAUGGCCACUCCUCCAACUGUGACGUCAACACAGGGAGGUGUAUCUGUCAAGACAACACGGAGGGAGACUACUGUGAUCGAUGUGUGUCUGGUUACUAUGGCAAUGCACGUGCAGGAACGUCUGCCGACUGUCAGCCAUGUCCUUGUCCCGGAGGAGGGGCCUGUGUGGAGCUGCCAACUGACGUCGUCUGUACAGAGUGCCCGGAAGGAUUUGGAGGAAACCGAUGUGAUCUCUGUCUGGAUGGUUACUUUGGGGACCCGGCCGGAAAAUAUGGGGACAGAAGAACCUGCCAGAAAUGCUUCUGUAAUGACAACAUAGAUCCAAAUGCAGUUGGAAACUGUAACUCCACAACAGGAGAGUGCCUGAAGUGCAUCUAUAAUUCAGCCGGCUACUACUGUGAGAGGUGCCUGCCCACUUACUAUGGUGAUGCCAUUGCUGAACCAAAGGGACAAUGUCAACCAUGUGGCUGCUACUCUAAUGGCACCAACCAGGUGGGCCUGCUGACCUGUGACGACAGCGGCCAGUGUCCCUGCCUCCGCAACGUCCGCGGUCAGCGCUGUGACAUGUGUGAUGAUGGCUACUGGAACCUCGACAGUGGCACAGGUUGUGAAGCCUGUGACUGUGACCAGGUGGGCUCUCUCAACUUCACCUGUCAACUCGGCUCAGGACAGUGCCAGUGUAAGCCGGGGGUCACAGGUCGUCGCUGUGACACGUGCCAGCGAUUCUUCUACGGCUUCUCACGGGCAGGAUGUCAAGCUUGCAACUGUGAUCCAGUUGGUUCCCUGGACUUGCAGUGUGAUGAGUACGGCAACUGCCCCUGUCGUAACAACGUCGGUGGACGUCGAUGUGACCGGUGCAUGGAGAACAAGUUCAACAUCUCCGCUGGAUGUAUAGAUUGUCCACCAUGCUAUGACCUGGUGCAGGAACAUGUCAACAUCCACCGUGCCAAGCUGCGAGAACUCACCAACCUCAUUAACAACAUCGGCAACAACCCCAGCCUCUUCAAUGACACAGAGUUCAUCAGCGUCAUGGGAGACGUCAACAAGACUGUCAACAUUCUCCUUGAUGAGGCACGAGGAGCAUCAACUGGUGAUGGGUCAGUGGGGAGACAACUCCAGGAGCUCCGCAAGUCUCUCAAUGAAGUCAUCCACAAGACUGGGCAGAUCGGUAGGAGUAUCACUUCAGCCAAGGAUGUCUCCAUGGAGACAGACCGUGACAUAAGGCAGGCUGAACAGGCUAUUGAACGCGCAGAGAUAUCGCUGAAGGCUGCAGAGGACUACAUUGACAGAGAAGGACGGCUAGCAUUAGACAGGGCACUCCAGGCACUUGGGCGCUUUGGGAGGCAGUCAGAACAGAUGACAGAAAUUGCCAACAGAGCCAAGAUAGAGUCUGAGAGACAAUUGGCUGAUGCUGCUCGUAUUGUUGCUGUUGCUAAUGAUGCCCAAAACACAUCCCGCGAGGCCCUGCGACUUGCCCAGAUGGCCUUAAGUAUGCCGGGACAGACAGCGACGGACAUACAGAGGCUGAACUCAGAGUACAACAAUGCCGACCGCCUGUAUGAGAAGACGCGGCAGCUGGCGGAGAAGGCCUCGGAGCUGGCAGAGAAAGCUCAAGAUGAAGCACUGGGUCUGUUCACCGAAUCCCAGCAGAGUGUGCCCAGUGUGGAUGUGGAGAAGCUUCUCACAGAUGCUGCUAACAUUAAGAUUCAGGCCACUCUGAUAAAAGAGGAAGCUGAGCGACUGCUAGAGCAAAACGCAGAUCUGAUGGCAGAUGUGAAUGAUGGAAAGAUGAAGGCUGAAGACAAGCUGGAGGAAGGCAUCCAUCUGCAGCAGAGAACUGAUGAGCUGCUAGCUGAGGUUGAUGGUGCUCGUGCCAAGGCUCGUGAUGCUGUUGAGAUGGGGGAGAAGACGCUGAAGGAGGCCAAUGAGACGUACCGGACUCUGGCAGGUUUUGAGGAUCAGGUGAAGGGCAAUAAGGACAAGGCUGAUGAGGCUCUGAAGAAAGUUCCCCAGAUCGAGGCCACCAUUGACCAGGCAGAAAGAACAACCCAGGAGGCAAGGAAUGCCCUCAGCGGUGCCAGUGAUGAUGCCAACAAAGCUCUUCAGCUUGCCAAACAAGCUCAGGACACAGCCCUGGAUGCUUCUGAUGAAGCCAGUCGUAUCCGUAACGAGGCUGGCACAACAAAGACCAAGGCCAGCGCAUUGAGGAAUAAAGCUGACUCUCUCGCAGAGAAUGUCAAUGAUGCAGAAUCUGUGUUCAAUGAUUUGGAUGCUAGAAGUACAUCAGACAUGGACCUGGCGAAAACAGCCCUGGAGAAGGCUAAUGAGGCCAAGGAUACUGCACAGAAAGCUUCAUCAAAGGUGGAGGAUGCCCUCAAGACUGUCAACGACAUCCUUCAGAUAUUAGAUUCUUUUGAAAUGGUGGACCCUAAGAGCCUGGAUGCCCUUGAGGCUGACCUUGUAGACGUAGAACGGCAGCUGAAGGAAGCAGAUAUAGAUGCUCAGUACAAAUAUAUAUCCAGUGCCAAUGACAAUGUGAAAAACCUUGUGCGCAAGUACACAGAAGACUAUUCCCAGCUGAAGGCAGACGUUGACAAUAUAGAGGACAUUAAGAACUCACUGCGUGAUGGCUGCUUUAAGAGUAUAGAGAUUGAGUCCCCAGCGGGAGGCAGAUAAAACAUCAAACAAGACUGUUGAGUUAGUGUUAAAAGACAUGGGGCUAUGGUCAGUGUCAAGUGGAGGCGUGGACAACUUUCUUAAUCCUUUGCUUACUCAGGUAUAUGUCAGAGUUGCUGUGAUUUUCCUACACCUGAAAACCAACGCAGCAGAGGGAUGUCUUGGCUAGCUUCCUCAACGUCACUAGUCUUCAUGUCAACCUUGACCUAUAUCAGUGACCUUUACCUUCAAGAUGACCUUGACCUCAGCAUUGAUGGUAUUCGUGCCUUAUUACCUCCUAAAUAGCCACAGACCCUCAUUGCCGAACAGCCUCUGUCGGAAUGCUAGAACUGCAUUUACUUUAUAUAAGUGUACAGUGUAUCUUAUGAAUAAUAUUAAGGGAGUCGAGUACAGUGCUUAAAAUUUUAUGUCACAUUUCUUGCUAUGAUUGUCCAAUGUCCUUGUUGGGAAGAUUAUGAAAGGAAAUAAACAGCUGGUGUUCCAAGGGGCCAGUCUUAUCGCAGAAACAACCCAGCUGCUUUCAAAUCUGUUGUAGCCUGUGAACAAUAGUCGUCCAUGCCUUGUCCUUAGUUCCAAUGUACAUCUGGCUAGUCAACACAAUAUGACUGCUGACAGCCAAGAUCCCCUUUCAGACCAGAGGUUUCAAAUAUGAUUUGACAGACUAUACUUGGUUGAAUUGUGACAUAUAAAUUCUUAAGUAACAUCUCCUUUCCCUUAUGUAUCUUUGUUUAAUUAUGUAUGUUCAUAUAUUCCGAAGCAAUCAUUGUCAUGUGUUUGAUUAAUUGAACAAAGUGUUUUGCAUAAUAACAAACUUAGAAGUGGGCUGUAUUUAAACUAGAUUUUUCUGUGAUUCUCAACAUGCUGGAAUAAUUUCAGUGUUUAAUUUAAUGGUGUGGAUCUGUCUACAUAUACAACAGUGUUUCGCACCUAUGUGCAGGAUUAACAUAGGGAGUAACAGCGAGGUGAUAUUUGUCAACGGUUGAGCUAGAAGUCUGCUGUGAGGAGUGAUGAAUAUUCAACAUGUCUGUAACCUCGGCACCAAGUCUGGAAUUGCUCAUCCAAGUGUCUGUCUGUCUGUGUGUCCAUAUGGGCGAUAACAUCCAGCCAAGCCUUUCCUCGAUGUACAAAUCUCCUUUUUACCAUGUUCAACCCCUUAGGGGAUUCCGGGUAGAAUAAGGCGGUCGGGUAGCCUAGUGGUUAAAGCGUUCGCUCGUCACGCCGAAGACCCGGGUUCGAUUCCCGACAUGGGUACAAUGUGUGAAGCCCAUUUCUGGUGUCCCCCGCCGUGAUAUUGCUGGAAUAUUGCUAAAAGCGGCGUGAAACCGAACUCACUCACUCACUCACUCCGGGUAGAAUACGUCCCCAGUAACCUGGACUGGUUGUAAGAGUCAUAUUAAUGUGUUCUUUGGUCAGGUUCAGGAAAUUGGUUAUCUUGUCAUUGUACCCGACUGCAUUGGUCGUUGCUCAUGAUAUCAAUCACUUGAUUGGUAUAGACGCAAUUGUCCGCAGGCUGCGGUCUUGUAGCAGGAAUAAUCCUGCAAACACCAUGUGUUACACCUGUUCCCUCUCAAGGAACAGUGCAAUGAUGUAGCCAUAGUAUUGUUGACCAACACACGCUAACUCAAGCUGCAUUCUUAUUCAGAAUUUUGGAUAAUUUAAUUAAAAGAAGCUGACCUGCUACUAACACUUGACUUGGUGUUCUGGGUGAGGUUGGAAAACUCAAAACUAUAUUUUGUCAAUUUGUUUUGAAACAAACAAACAAACAGUUCAAGGAAAUUUGACUUAAUUUGUCAUGGUUUGUAUGUACCAGAUUCGAUCUUUCUGUCUACUUCACAAUGACUGGUGUGAUGCAGAUGAAAGUGACAUUUUUUCACCCAUUCUGAGGAUCAUGUUCUUGUCAAAUCUCAUUUCUGGUGUCUACUGCUGUGAAUAUGCUGGAAUAUUGCUAAGAGCAGCAAAAGACCAUACUCACUCACUCACUCACCCAAUCAAUCAAUCAAUCCUAGGGCUGUUCAUCAAGGAAAGGCUUGAGGGACUUGGUCUGACCGCUGGCAUGUGGAGUAGGUGGGUUUGCUGUGUUGUAUUGUUACAUACUUGUACACAAGCAUUGAAGCAUUCUGCCUUCGGUCAUCUCAUCUCUUAUGGUGCUAUUUAUGUUCAUAUUGUAUGGUCUUCUUUAUCCAACCUCCAUAUACACCAACUAUUCACUAGUUUAGUGACAACCAAUCACAUCUUGCCAUAAUCAACAUGUUCUGAGUUCCAGCAGGAACCAGUUAUCAUCCGUGGUCAGCCGUUCUAGCUUCUGUGUACUUGACCGCUAUUAUAAGGCAAAUUAGCAAUAAUGCAUCAAGCCCUCUUUUGCAUGGUAGACUAAUUAAGGUGUAGCUUGUCGGGGCUAUUUGAUUCCCCUUCUUCGAAAUGUGCCAAUGUGUUUGUAGAAAUAUAGCUAUUGUACAGGCAUUUUAGAUCUAGUUUACUCUUACCAGUUAUUUAUUAUUUCAUUGGAGGGCACUUUUACUUCCCAAAUUUAUUUUUGGCUGUUUUUCUAUUUCAAACCUUUAAUGUAAUAUUGUUUUAUUGAUUGUUUAUCAUGAUAAUCUCACUGUUAUCAGCUUAACUGUGAAUGAAUAUGUCAGGUUUAAUACUCAUAAAUUCAUAGCCAUAUUGUACCAAAACAUUAUUUUUGUACUAUGAGAAAUAUUUUUCAAAUUACCAGAACAAAAUUAUAUUUUUGAUGCUCAGUCAGUGACCAAUUUUGGACGUGCCUUGCCCCAGUGGGAAAUGUGGAUUGUGUACAGUGUUGAUGCUAUGAGUAGUCACGUGAUGUUUAGUGGACGAAGAUCUUGGAAACUGAGAUAUGCAUGUUGUCAUUAUGACCUUUACCAGUUGGUGUUUUCAUAGAAAAUCACGUUUCAGAUGUCAUUUUCAAUCAUGAUGUUUAAUUGAAUUAUUUAGUUCUGAAGAAGAGAUUGAUCUACAGUCUGACCAAUCAACUUUCCUCUGUCCGUAGAGACGUAUACUGGGUGUAUAUGUGUUAGUUCAUUGGGGAUGAGAUCAUCUUUUACCUUUAAGAAACUGUAGUGACAAUCAGUAGUAACAGAAGAAUAAGGCUUAUCUCUAGACAUGUUACGUGCUGAAGACAACAGGUGAUAUUAGUAUCAACAUGUACAAUACACAUCAACUUCACAUUAUUCACAUUUAUUGAGUUAAAUGCAACUAAAAUUCAAAUGGCUCUAUUGUUUUGGAGUAGUCAUUGUUUCAUGCUUUUUUACAUAGCAAAAAUGAUCCAAAUCAUUAUAUAUUAACAAAUAUUUUAGGAAUAUUGACUUAAUAAUUGUAUACUACUCAAAAGAGGUUAAAGAACGCUCAAUUUUUUUUCAUUUUUCAUGACUAGUUAAAUUGUCAUGGCAUGGCAGAUUAACUAUAGCCAUAUGAAAAAAUAUGUUCUUUAACUUCUUUUGAGCAGUAUAUACAUCCACAGAUAAUAAGUGAAAUUAUUUUCAGUUUUUUUUUUAUUUAUUUAUUUUUUAGUUUGAAUAUGAUCAAAUUUCUUUUCAGCCGAGCAUCUCAACACUGCUUGAUAAUUAAUGUGUAGUUUAAUGAUUCCUUGCACAAUGAGGUUUGUCACUAGCUCUCAGGCUUGUCAUGGUGGUAACAGCCCAUGCUAUGCACACUGUGUAGGACAGCUAUUUUCCCAGUGUUAGGCAUUAAGAUAUUUAAACACAGAAACCUCACAUUUCUUAAUGGCCAGUAUUGUUGAUAUUUUAAGUGUUGUAUCAGCAUCCUUCGAUGCAAUGGGUAGGGGUUAAGGAUUAAUGUGAAAUAAUUAGUGUAUUCCGAUCUCUGUAAUCUGUCAACUUUUUGUACAAACCCAUUGUACUUACCUGUAUGUAACUGUAUUCUGUAGAUACAACAAUUGAUGUCCUAAACGGAGUCUCUUUUCUACAUUUUUGUAUUAACAUGCAAAUAAAUCUUUUUACAAAUAUGA